AUGUCUCAACCAAAAAUCAAAGCAGUCUUUUUCGACUUCAUGGGAACAUGCCUCGACUGGCACAGCAGCGUAGUGCAAGCCCUACCCACCGCAAUACCAAAAGAUGAAGCAUCAAAGUUUGCACUGGAAUGGCGCAGACGAUAUUUCCUAGAGAACAGCAAACGUGUCAGCGAAAACCUCCACCCAGAAGACAUCGAUAUUACCCUUGCCCGCACUCUGGAAGCCCUCCUCGACCAGUCACCGGAUCACAAACCGCACUUUGAAGCCGAGAUCAACAAGAAAAUCAUCAAAGCAUGGCAUUCACAGAAAGCAUGGCCUGAAGUUUCCGAUGCAAUCAAGAUUCUUCGCCAAGAUCUCGGGUUGGAAGUCUUCGUCCAUGCAAACGGGACGACACGGCUCCAGUUGGACUUGACUCGAUCUUCUGGAUUGGAGUUCAACAUGCUGUUUUCUAGUCAGUUGCUGGGUGCCUAUAAGCCUCGCCCGGAGGCUUAUAAGAAGGGGCUGGAGCUUGUGAAACUUCGGCCUGAGGAGGUGGUGCUGGUUGCGGCGCAUGCAUAUGAUCUGCGGGGUGCGCAGGCGUGUGGGUUGAGGACUGUUUAUAUUCAUCGGUGGACUGAUGAUAUCGAUGAGAAUAUGGAGGUGGUGAAAAAUGAGUUUGAUGUGUUCUUGGAGAACAUGGAUGACCUUGCUGGUGCCAUUCGGGGGUUGUGA